ACGCUGGACACGGACUGUGAAUGUGACACUGGUGCCUGACAGAUAAACAAACCCGUCCUGCAUGGCUCAAUGGACGUCAAACAUUUACCGUUACUUGUUUCAGCGCCAGUGAACAGCUAUUUUCAACGCCCGUAAGAGUACUUUGGUGGAACGAGGAUAACACAAUUGAUGAAGAGUUAAAUACAAGCUCUGAGUCCGCUGAGAGUGACCUGGUGUGAUAAUGCAUGCUGCAUGCCUGAUAACCACCAAUCCCACACCCGCACCCUCUCUUAGUUCUGAUGCAUUACCCUUUUUCAGCUUGUAUAUGUCUGGCCAUUCCUUACAUGGUGUGUUGUGACUGUUUGGCAUUAUGAGGAAAGACAGGGAUAACCCUCUGGCACUCUCAUCUAAGAAACAAUGCCAGGGCCAGACGGACUAUGAACGAGAGCUCGAGAGGCUGCGUGCUGAAUUGGAGACAGAGAAGAGUCGAACACAGCGGACCCGUGGACUCCUCUAUGUGGAGCUCAGGCACCUACGGGAAGAAGCAGAGAAAGAACAGCUGAGAGCUGUGAGGGAGCUGACAGCACGACGAGGGUGCCAAAAGGACAGGCACUCUAAAAGACACUGGAGUCUGCUGGCUGAUGAGGUGAACAUUAAAGACAGAGGACAAAACACUGAGGCCACAAGGAAGGAGGCUUUUUGUUUGUACAGCAGAGAAACAUACACAAAGCUGGAGCAGUUGCUGCUGACACUGUAUGAAAAGAUAAAUGAUGAGCAGACAGGACAUAAAUUGCAUCAUAGACAGGAAUUUGAGCUAGAAAAAGCCAUUUUUCUCUGCCACCUGCUAGAGGCUCAUGUUAGACUGUUGCAGGGGAGGAAGAAAGCAGGACACCCCAGAAAACCAGUUCAGACAGAUAGUAGUAACUUCUACCAGACAAAAACUCUCCUGACCUGCUCCAGGACCCUGCCACAGAGAUCCCGCAGUCUCUCUAGCUCUACAAAGAAGACACCCAAACAAGAUCAGCGAAGGAGGCUUUUAGGGAGGGCACUCAGUGCAGCUGACCCCUGCACCACCGCUGCAGUCGUGGACACCUGUUGGAGCAGCUCUCUGAGAAUUUGUCACCCACCCAACGCUCCCCAUGCCGGCUGGGACGACCAGCCCCCCUGCUGCUCAAAGUCCUUUGGGUCUCACAGGUCACCGCCCUCCAUAUGCAUGGAUGGAAACAUGGAGAAUGGUACUGACUAUGGCUUCCUGGUUCGUCAGAACUCAGAGCUCCUGCGUGCCCUGGAUGAUUUGGAGAAGACUUGUACCACACUGAGAGAGGAGAAUGGCCUGCUGCGGAAGAGCAGCGCCCCAGAGACUGAGGAGAAGGUCAGGCGGCUGAGGAGAAAGAACACAGAGCUGGCUGUUCUCGCUAAGAGGCUGGAGGAGCGGGCGAGAAAGCUGCAGGAGGCCAACCUCAGAGUGGUGAAUUCCCCGUCACUGAUGAGACCUGGGUCAGUGGAGCAGUAUAAAAGGGCGUUUGCCCGGCAAAGAGCCCGUGACCUUGCCCAACAUGCUGAUGCACUGCUGUCUAAAGACAAAGAGAUUGCUGCCUUACAGCAGGAGAACAGAGAGCUGGAGGCACGGCUGAGCACCACAAAGGGCUCCCCUGCUCUUUCUGGCAGGGUGGAAUUCGAGAGGCUUCUCCGGGAGUCUCAGAGGGAGGUGCUGCGCCUGCAAAGACAGCUGUCAGUCACAUCGUCUACGCAGCAGAAUAACCAAAGUCCAGACCCUGGUGGGCCAGAGAAAAGCGGGGAGAUUAAGGAGGAAAAGGAAGAGGAGGUUGAAGAGAAGGUUGCAGGAGAGACCCCGUGUGUGGUGUUAGAUGAAGCUCCAUCCAGGUGUGAGAAGACUCCCGGAGAGGAGGAGGAGUCGGGGCAGCAAGUGACGCCCCAACCGGGCCUCAGCCCGACCCCCUCCCAUCAGGAGGAGCACACAGAGGAGCAGCGCCUACAGUUUCUGGAAAGUGAGCUGAGCAAAAAGAGAAAAGAAUGUGAAAACCUCGAGCAUGAAGUAAAGAAGCGACAGAGGAGAUGUCUUGAUUUGGAGAGCCAGCUUGAGGAUGAGCGAAGCAAAAAUGAGCAUCUGAAGGAGGAGGCGGAUCUCCUCAGGAGGAAGGCACUGCUGCUCGACCAGACUCGGGCUGAGAAUGAGGAGCUGAGGGAAGAUCUCUCUGAAGUGACCGCUCAACACAAUUCAGUUCUCGAGGAGAACCAGAGACUCCGUGCCAAACUGGAGAACCUAGAGCAGGUCCUAAAGCAUAUGCGUGAGGUCGCCGAGCGAAGGCAGCAGCUGGAAUUGGAACAUGAGCAGGCACUGGCUAUCCUUAAGUUCAAGCAGGAUGAGAUCAAACGCUUACAGCGGGCUCAGUUAUUUGCCAAGCGGGAGCAUGAGGGAGUGGUUCAGAUGCUUGAGGAGUUGACUCAGCUUGUGUUGCAGAGGGAGCUGUCAAAGGUGCGAGAGCUGGAGGAGAAAUGCCGCAGUCAGAGCGAACAGUUCGGCUUGCUGUCCCAGGAGUUGGAGAAGUUUCGACUGCAGGCGUCAAAGGUGGACCUGGCCAGCUCUAGCAUCCUUAACAACCCCAGCCUCUCUGUUCUGACCAAUGGGGUGGGCCUGACUACUGAUCGAGACUGCACUGGGGGCUCAUGGGACAUGGUGUCUCUGGGUGAAAUAGCUUUCUGGAGUCUGGAGGGAGGUGACACUCUCCCCUGUGCUGAGGAUGUGGCAGCUGCACUGCGGAUGGGGGCCACCCCCCACGCUGCAGGGCUGUCCAGAGUGGAGCGCUCACCUGUCACCAAGCACCGGGAGCUGCCCACCAUCAGCGUCAGCAAGUCAGGCUCCACCUCCAGCAAGUCAGAGACUGCACACCUCACCCCCAAGUCUGACACCCACCUCAGUCCGCACAAAUCCAGCCCAACACAUGAGGUGGACACUGCCAGUGAAGUAGAAGAACUGGAUAUUGAUGUGGCCCCGGCACCUUACACAGCCAGCAGAGGAGCGGCAAAACUUCAGGUUUUCAUUGCAAGAUAUAGCUAUAACCCAUACGAUGGCCCCAAUGACAACCCUGAAGUGGAGCUUCCACUCACCGCUGGAGAAUACAUCUAUGUGUACGGCGACAUGGAUGAUGAUGGCUUCUAUGAAGGUGAGCUGAUGGACGGACGCAGAGGGCUGGUCCCCUCUAACUUCGUGGAACGUGUUUCAGAUGACGAUGUGAUGAGCGCUCACCACCCAGAGACAGGAGACGUGUCUCACAACUCUCUGCUAGACAGCAGCCUGCACAGUGCCAGCCACCAGCAUCACCUCCACCUGGGCGCCAGCGCCUCAGGAAGGACAGAGGCCCAUACUCCCUCUGGCCCCGCCUCAGCCCCUUCAGACUCAGCAUCAGCCUUGGCUGUCCCAGCCCCCCUCACCAACGGCCUGGACUUGGACUUGGAGGAGGUGGGAGUGGACGUUGUGCCUUACCCACGUAAACUCACCCUCAUUAAGCAGCUUGCCAAGAGCAUCAUCAUCGGCUGGGACCCUCCGCUGGUGCCAGCUGGGUGGGGCAAUGUGUGGAGCUAUAACGUGUAUGUGGACCAGGAGCUGCGGCUCAAUGUGCCCUUCGGUUCUCAGACCAAAGCAGUGCUCGAGCGGCUGGACAUAAACCUCAAGGCCUACCGCGUGUCAGUGCAGAGCCUGACAGAGAAAGGCCUCUCAGACCAGCUGCGCUGCAGCAUGCUGGUGGGUCGGGACGUUUGUGUGGCGCCAACGCAGCUGCGCGUGGAAAGGAUAACCGCCACCUCUGCCAACCUGGCCUGGCUGCCCAGCAACAGUAACUAUGUGCACAUUGUGUCCUUGAAUGAGGAGGAGUGUGAGCUGGUGAAGGCUGGCUGCUACUCACUGUGCCUCAAUAACCUCUUACCGAGCCUGCAGUACACUGUCAAAGUGGAAGCACGGCCGCACCGCACACCAUGGGAGCUACCUGUGGAGCGACGUGAACACAGAAGCGCUACAAUCACCUUCAACACGCUGAUGGCAGGCCCCCCUGAUGCUCCUCUGGAUGUGCAGCUGGAGCAUGGUCCCUCCCCUGGGAUCGCCCUCAUUAGCUGGCUGCCAGUCACUAUAGAUGCUGCUGGGACCUCCAACGGAGUCCGUGUGACUGGAUAUACAAUAUAUGCUGAUAAGAAAAAGGUGCUGGAGGUGUCUUCCCCAACAGCUGGCAGUGCCCUCCUGGGCCCCUCUCAGAUCCAGUCUCUGCAGGCAGCUCAGGAGCUCACUGUCCGCACCACAUCUGCCCAUGGGGAGUCCUGCGACUCUCUGCCUGUCAAUGUGCCCUCUAAGCUGGCUGCCAUCAUGUCAGGUCCAGCAGUCAUCACUCCAGUUGUGCCACCCCUACCCUGCACCCCUGCAGGUUGUAGUAACCUGCCUCCUCCGCCAUCCUACGGGAACUCUGCUGCCAAAGUCUCUGUGCUGCCCAACUCUUUGCCAUCAGACUCUCACUGCUCUGGCCUCGUAGUGGAGGCUGCUGCCAAUCCUUCUCAUGCCCUUCACUCAGAAGAUCGUCUCUUAUCUGCCUCAUAUGUGAGGGCAUGGGCCAACCCAUCUUCUUCUGCUGCCUUGGCUAUGUGUGAGGCCACAUUACCAGUAGCCUCCACCAUCACUCCUGUGGUUCAUGUGACCUCCCCCAUCACCUCAGCGCCUCCACCGUGUCCAGUAGCAGCAGCGGCUCCUGCACCACCAGCAGUGACGGCAGCAGCAGUGGUGUUGGAGCAGCGCAGAGACACAGACAGCCCUGGAACUAUACGCCCUUUCCCAUCCAUCACAGAGUUCAUAGAGGAUCCCUGUGCCAAGCUCGGGACCCCUGAGCGCAUCCCAACUCCACCCAAAGCCCCUAUCACAGACCUCCUUAAUCCUAAGGAGAUUAACCUCCUGCGACCUCCUGUUUCACCGCUGGAGUCAGAGGCAGAGGCAGAGGAGGAGCGAGAGAACACCCGCCUGGUAUCCAUCGAGGAGUUCUUGAGACAGGACCAGGAGCCAGAAAUCUACAGGAGGCAGCAGGCCUACAGCAGAGGACUUGUGGAACCUCCAUGUGACUACAACGCAGACAACAGCCGCUCCGAUCUGUCUGACAUCCUGGAGGAGGAGGAGGAAGACCUGUACUCAGACCACCUUGGGGAGGUGCAGGCCAGGGGUUACACAUGUGCAGCUAACAGGUUACGCAAGUUAGAGACUCCUGACAGUGAUGAGGAGGUUCUGGAGAAGAUUCUUAAAUUGCCUCCUCAGGUGUCCCAUAACAAGCAGCUGUUCAGUAUCCCUGAGGUGACAGAAGAGGAGGAUAGCAGUCUAGAGGAGCCUUUAACCCGCCAGAAUCAGCCUCGACCACGACCCAGCCAGCUUCUCCCCAGGGACUCAGAACGCCCCUACCAUGCUUCCACACAACACCCCCAUCAUGCCAACCCACACCCACAUGUCCCGCCUCCCCAUCACCAGUUUAACAGGGACCCCAGACCUGUAGCCAAAGAGCCUUCACUAAGACAGGGGCCCCCGCAGGUCAAGCCUAAGACACAACACAGAGUUCACUACGCAGACACGGUGGACACCAUCAGUUAUCCUGGAGAAAAAGAUGUGAAUGUAUAUGAGGGUCACACUAGCAGGAGGCUCUCAGCUCGCCGUCCUACUCAGCUGACUCCAACCAGCAAAGCACUGCUCAGAGGGCUAGGGGACCGCCUUAGGAGGGAGGCCAUGCUCAGGAGUCAGAUGGCUGCCUCUGUGGCAGCCAACACUGGAUAUGGUACUACCCCGCCAAGACCCUACCCGCUCAGCAAAACAGUACGCACUGUGAGGUCACCUAUCAGUCGCGAGGUGGAGAUAGACGUGGAGUACGGGACGGAUGACAAUGAGGAGCCUUCAGAGUACCCUCCUGGGGAGGUGGUGGUGGAACAGAUGAGUGCUGAGUGGUGGAUAGAGGGGGCUUCUGUAGAGCACCUCAGACCUCCUCACCGCCGAGGCCUGAGGGCAGAUCUGCCGGAGCCCAGCCAAAUGCCUCCAGCUGAGGCGGGUCCAUCGUGGGGAGUCCAGGCCGACCUAUCUUCUAAACCAGCAUGCUUGCAGGCCAAGCAACCCAGAGGAGGUGAAUCAGCAAAGCCAAAACCAGACGGUGACAUACGGAUCUUUGUAGCCCUCUUCCCUUAUGAUCCUGCCACCAUGUCACCCAAUCCAGAUGCUGCUGAGGAAGAGCUGCCCUUCACUGAGGGACAGAUCAUCAAAGUUUUUGGCGAUAAAGAUGCAGAUGGGUUUUACCGAGGAGAGUGUGGUGGUCGCCUAGGAUAUGUGCCAUGUAACAUGGUGUCAGAGAUCCAGGUGGAGGAUGAGGAGACUCGGCAGCAGCUGCUGCAGCAGGGCUUCCUGUCAACAGCCGCCUCCAUGGACAAGAUAGGCACUCGCACACAUGCACAGCUUCCACGUCGCCCUGUUCCACCGCCGAAACCGAGACGGUCCAAGAAAGUGGAGUCUGCAGUACAGUGGGAGGAGAGUUUAGACUCCUCCAGUCAAGAUCCCAGCCAGACUGCUGCCCCUGCUGCACCUGCAGGAAACCCCACACCUGGAGCUCGCAGGAUGGUCGCCAUCUUUGAUUACGAUCCACGGGAGAGCUCCCCCAACACUGACAUCGAGGCUGAGCUGACCUUCAGUGCGGGAGACAUCAUACAUGUGUUUGGUGACAUGGAUGAAGAUGGUUUCUUUUAUGGAGACUUGAACGGACAAAGAGGUUUGGUUCCCUCUAACUUCCUGCAGGCUCUACCAGAGGACGCCCCAGCUGAGCUUAUCCCUGCUCAGCCAGCUCCAGAACCCAAAAAAGAACCACAGGGGAACUUCAUGCCAUCCACCGAUCCACCAGAUACAGGGCCCCCACCACUAGAAGAGGCUCUACCCUCCCAAACAGAUCCUCCUCUCCCUGACCCAUCAGAGCGCACAGAUCCAUCCCCUAAACAGGAAACCCCCACAUCCAGCCCCUCAUCAGACCUGGAGGCUGCUCCACGUCCUUGUCUUCCGGGUCCAGCUGCAGCAGUGGCUUUCUACCCCCCUUCACCCCCCCUCCCUGCAGACGUCCCGACACAGACAGACUGCUCUGCUCAAGGCAAGAAGAAGAAAAGCUUUUUCUCCAAAGGCAAGAAGCUGUUCAAAAAGCUGGGAUCCAGCAAGAAAGAUUGAGACUAAGAGUACUGGCGUCACAAUGAAAGCACUUUUUCUCUCCUCACUGUUAGUCUCAGACGGUAGUCUGUGCAGUUAGCUGCCAUCAGAUCUAUUGAUGCUUUAGAAAUAAUACUUCUGCCUUAGAGCACCUGCUAGAACCGGCUGUUAAAUUUAGACUACGUUAAACAUAAAGCUGCAGCUUACUGCUAUACAAGAGCAUCUAUAUUCGCAUGUUUAAGUGUGCAAACUCACUAAUAUAUUCUCUGAAUACUUCCUAAUUGUAAGAGCAUUUUACCAACUUUCAACUUAGUGUAAGCUUUAAAGCUGAAUAUGAAACAUGAAAUAACUGGAUCAGGUUUAUUUAGAGCAGUGUUACAGAGACGGAGAUAUUGCAGCAGAGCAGACACGGCUAAUGAAAAAUUAGCUUUAACUUUGAUGUACUGGUGCCACUUUAUUUAUUGGAGCAUCUCUUUCUCUGUGGGGCUUUAACAAAUGCACUAAACCAUCCUGAAUGGAUGGUUUUUAAUUAUCUGUCCACUUGUCCCUCUCAUGUUUCUCGUCUUUAAUAGUAUUUAUACUUUGUACAGUUAUUUAUUUGUAUCAGACUCCUGCUCUUAUCAAAGCCACGCUGCAUGAAGUGACAUCAGGGCAGGAGGUUAGACGUGUAGAGCUGUCAGACAGUCGUCAUCAUAGUUGUUGAUACGUGUUGGUUAGACCUGAUCUAAGUAUGAUGUUAGCAGAAGAACAUAUGUUUGUUUUCAUGAAAAGAAUGUGAAGGUGUGACCCUCUUUAGGGUGUUUGUGUCUGUUGAUUGUAUGUGUGAGUAGACGAAGCCGCCCAGUCCUUUGGAGAGACUGAGAACAGAUGCCUUUUUUUCGACAUUAACAAGAACUCUUUAUGUUUGUAGUGACAGUCACAGCCGGACUGAGGAUUGAAGCUGAAAUAUUUUGUGUCUGUGUGAGUGUGAGAUAGAUAGAAACCUGCCAGAAAUGAUAAGCUGACGUAGUUUUUGGUGUUCUUUAAGCUGCUGUUAACUUACAAGGCUGCAAUUGAUGAUUACCGUAAAACUUCAAAUAAAAGCCCAUCCCAAUUUAAAGCACAGUCCAUUCUAUUAGCCUGCUUUUGCUGCGGGUUUGUACUCUGCUGCUUUAGAGAUGGAAAUAAUGUCUUAACCAUCAAAAACAAACUAUUUCUCAAAUUUCUCUGAUGUAAAAUUGUGAACACUAUAACAUCUGCUAUUAACAACUAAAGACAUAAAAUGUUUUCUCAGCUCCAUAGACUAGCACGGCACUUGACAAUAAUAGGAGUCUUUCCCUACAGUGCAGUAGGUUGAUAGAGAUGGGCUGUCUUAUAAAACACAUGGUUAAGUCAGUGAGUUGUCAUUUAAUUUGUUUAUCAGUUUCCUGAUUUUAUGGACAGUUCUGUGUCCUCUCUGGUGUAAAUUUAAGGGUGUUUAAAUUUACUAGCAGGUGUUAUGGUUUGAAUAGUGACUGUGUCGAGUGCUUCCAUUUCUAGUCCUAGGUGUCAUAACAGAUGUGGAAACACCAACAGUAUUCACAACUAAUACUUUUUGUACAUUUAUUAAUUUCAAUAGCAAAAGUAGUUCAUCAGAUAUGUCUGUAAUAGAAACAUAAAAAAUCAUGAAAAAAAGGCUUAUUUUCAUCAGUCGACAUGAUGACAACUUAGACCAUAACACCAGAAAAUUUUGAAAGGCCCUCUGGUUCAUGCAGUGAGUUUGUUAACUUCUAUAUUUUCUCCAUUAUUGUCAAACAUUUGAUAAAUAUGCUCAUCUGAUUUGGCCUCAUUGCUGCUCCAGGUUAACCCACUUCUCAUUUUGUAGGUGCGUUAAAUAGCUAACUGGCGUUUUAAAUGUAAAGUGUAACUAGCAGGCUAUGCAUGGGAUUGAUUUACAUGUAGGAUAGGCAGGAUGUAAAAACACAAAGACAGUCUGUCAUCAGUGUGUGUGCUUUCGCCCAUUUUAGAAUACUGCAGUGAGAACACAACGCAACCAAAGAGAAAAAAGUCAGAAUUUUGACUUUAGCCUCAGAACUGAGAGAAAAAAUUGCAUCUCAAAAUAUUUUUUUAAAUGGCCCUAAUUCUGUCCUGAAGAUACCUGUCCCAGGUUAAGGUAGGGUAAUUUCAUGGACUGACGUAAAUAAAAGCCUGGGCUGUUAAUUGAAGUUUAUUGGUAUCAAAAAACGUAAACUUUUGAAAUUCUUUCAAUUAAUUAUUUGGUCCAUAAAAUAUGAAAAAAGUGAAGCUGAUCAAAUGUCUUUGAUAUCAAAGAAACAGCUCAAAACAUAAACAUGUUGAAGUUAUUUCAAUAAAGGACUGAAUGGAGCAUUCUGGUUACUAUCAUAAAACCGGAUAACAUAAAAGUAAAUAAUGUCACUGGCUCCUUUUUAUGUUUUCUUUCUUUGUAUUUGUGAAAAAAUAUCUUGGACUUGGACAUAAAGACAUAUAACAGUGAGUGAAUUUAGCCAGUUUAGUUUUUUUGCUUCAGCUGGAGCUCACUUGAAAACUGGCACCAUUAAAAGUUUGCUGUAUUAGAUAGUAUCUUAUGUGAUCAGUGUACCAAUAGAAGGGUAGACAUCUAUCACUUGAUAACAUCAACACUGAAGAAAACUGAAACAAUGAGGGGAUUUUAAGGCUGAUUCUGUAGUUUUUUUUCUCUAAUUCUUUAAUGAAUGUCACAUUGAUUGUUUCUGGACCUCUGAGAUUAUGAUGAGCUCUGUCUGGAUUCAUUAUUCCAUGGAUGUAGCUGAAGCAGCCUGAUGCUAAACAUGCAGUUGGAAAGCCUUUAGGAUUCAGUAACAUGAUGGGUAUUUAACCAAGAGGAACAACAUUUGCAUUUACAGUAAACUAAAGAGUUUUCAUUCAUUGCUUUGGUGGUUUGUUGCAUUAUUAUACUACGACAGAUUCUGCAAUUUUAAUGUCACUUUUCUUCUGCCUCUGUGUAAAGAAUAUAACUCCUAGUGUGUUAAAGUUGCUUCAAACAGGCUAAACAGUGAUAGAAAAUGUUUUUUCAGCCCAUGCAGUGCACUGGUGGAGCAUUUUUGGUCGUGUGCAUCCACGUUUACAUCAUAAAUUAGCUGACUGUUUUUAAGCUACAUAAGAGCAUCAGUAAUACAGCGCAGUCAAAUAGAGCCAUCAUGUAUCAGCUGUAGUGUAGAGAUCAGUUUUGAUGUGAGUAUGUGGACACAGAUUUAGCACUCUGUGAUUUUUCACCCCAUCAGUGUGGCACAGGGCUGUUUAGGUAACUUCUCAGGUGAUUUCUUGUAGUUUCUUCUGAACGCUGAGCCACCCGUUGACUCCAGCAGGGAAUCAAACUGCAGAACAUGCCAAAAUCUUAGGUGCUUCGGCUGUUAGCGUAGAAACCAAGCAUGGAGGAUGAGGCUCAUCAGAUGUGAUUUCACUCACUUUUUGAAGCAGUCAGUGCGGUUAUUGAUUGUCAGUGUUAAUAAAGCGUUGAUGCCAAGGAUAAACAUGAGGGCGGGUCGACAAAGACACUUUAGACACUGGGACGGAGGCAACAUUGAGGCUGUACUGUAUUUUUAAUUUAUUUGUAUAUUCUUUUGUUUUUGUAAAAGGGGAGUGAAUGCUCAAAAGUUGCCGAAAUGUACAGCGAAUAUUUGUACUCAUAUUGUAUUUGACGGCCUUUAAUGCACAAUAAUCCUCGACCUGCUGUGUAGUGAGUAGGCGGCUCGGCUCAUGUAGGUAGUGUUUUAGCUCAGAUCAUCAUAUUUAGCCUUACAAGAAGACCUUGUUUAGUCUUAAUAUGUUGUUUACAGGAUGUUUAUUUACUGCAUGCAUACCAAUGUUAUACCCAUGUUUGGCCUUAUUUAUGUUUCUGUCAUAUUUAUGUGGUUUAGGCUGAUCCUUCUGCGAUAUUUGAUGUGCAGACGGUCAGAGCAGUGGAGAGAUUGCAGUAGACGUGUGUAUAUACUGAGCAGUGUUGUGUUAUAUUUUCAUACAGAGCGGGAAACUUCUUUUUGUUGCUUUGGUCUUUCCUGCAUUUAUUGUUUGAAACCAGUGUAAGAUUUCCCCUUUUUAUAUAUCCAUGUUUUAUUACCCUUUUGGAAGCUCAUGUUGUAAAUAUUUUGUUAAUAUUGUUUUUCAGAUUUUUUUUGCAUGUGCAGACGUCAUGGGUGGAGAAGAGUUAAGAUGUAGAAGACAGGAAUUGUGAUGGUUUUCUUUCACUAUGAAUCUUUUUACAGGAAUAAAGUAUGUAUAUUUUCACAGAAAUCGC